AUUGUGUGUGAUUUUUUUUGAUGUUGAGUUUUCGCGGUAAGGCUUCUGUUCGACCGUGUGUAAAGUGGUCCGCCGUAUAAUAUGUAAUAAAUUAUAGCUGUGAAAGCGAGAAAGAGAUAUUUUGACGGGCAUAGGUCAGAUAAUCUUUUCUAUUACCGUAUAUUUUCCAUUUUUUAUGCAUUUUUUGUUUUUCUUUUUUUAAUUUAACAGUAUUGUGUGUUUUAAUAGUGGGGCCACUUUUACGCUGAUAUUUUGUUUGACGUUAGUCUUCUAAUUUUGACCGAGAAGGUCGCUAUCCUGUACGCACGUCUGUUGUAGCUUUUUACGGCUGUUUGCUGUUGUCUGUUGGCAACAGACCAUAGAGUAGAGUUGUCAACUUGUCAUUGUGACUUUCACUUCACUUGUCAGUGCUGAAUACGGUGUCAACCGUGUACUUGAUUCAGCUAUUUAUUUUCUCUAAUUAUUGUAUUCGUCAUUUUUUAAAUAAAAGUGCAGUUAAUUUUUGUAAACAUUAGACGAUAUAUUUUACUUAAAGUUUUUAGUGCUUACAAUAGCAUUUUAAGGCGGGUGCCACGCAGAGUCAUACGCGCGAGGCAAUUUCCUAGCUCACGAACAGGCUAGUGUAGACGUGCUUCGGUCGAGCGCGCGCUUUUUCCUCGCCUGAGCGCGCCGCCUCAACUGAGUUUUCAAACAUGAAGCUACUGGAUAUAGUUGACAUCCCAGAGUUGACGCGGUCAAAUGUACAUAUUAGCAACAAACCUCUGCUAAUUGAGAAGAUCAACAAACUUAUCAGUGGUGGGCACAGGAAGCUGCAGAUUGUAACCGAUUUUGACCACACUCUCACCCGACACAAGAUGGACGAUGGGACCGUUGUGCUCACCAGCUUUGGUAUGUUUCGGGAAUGCCCGUCUAUUCCGCAACACUAUAAGGAUGAAGAUACACGGCUUUCAGGCAUUUAUAAACCUAUCGAAGCCGAUCCCCACAUGACGGUAGAAGAAAAGAUUAAGCAUAUGAUUGAUUGGUACCAUGCGGCUCAUGACAUACUCAAAGGAGUCAAGUUGCCGCGAAACGAGCUGGUCGAAAGCGGGAUUAAAAUGAGAAAUUGCUUCAGGCUAGGAGUACAGAAGAUGCUGGCGUGGAGCUCGGAGCGCGAGGUGCCGGUGCUGGUGUUCUCGGCCGGACUCGGCGAGAGCGUCGUGGCCGCGCUGCAGGCCUCGCGGCUGCUGCUGCCCAACGUCAAGGUGGUGUCAAAUUUCCUCGCGACAGACGAGCACGACGCCAUAAUUGGCAUAAAGGGUGAAGUUAUUCACACGUACAACAAGAACGAGACCGCGAUCAAGGGCACCGAUUACUAUGACCUGGUGAAAGAGAGAGACAACGUCAUCCUGAUGGGGGAUAACAUCGGCGACGCCGGUAUGGCGGAAGGCAUGGACCACUGUGACACAGUCAUCAAGGUCGGCUUCCUCGGCCACGGCGCCGACAACCUGCCCAACUACCUCAAACACUUCGACAUCGUGCUGGUCGACGAGCACUCGGUCGAUCUAGUCAACGCCAUUUUGAAACACGUGCUGUGAUUUUAUUAUUUUGUCGAGUAACUAGGAAAUGUAAUGCUGUAUUCUUAUUAACAAAGUAGGUUUUUUUUGUUAAAAAAGCAUUCCCUAGUCGAAAUAGAUUAUUGUUAAAUAUUUUUUUCGUGAGUUUUUUGCGGUUACUCCCGUGUGUUCUCCAUUUGUUAUAUUGACAUUAAUUACCAUUGUAUUAGAACAAACGGGAUUUUUAUUUUGUUUUUGUUAAAAAUAUGUAAGAGAUAUUUUAUUAUCAAUUGUUUGUGUACAAAUGUUGUUCCUCAUUAUAUUAAAAACAUUUCGUGUUUA